AUGAUAUAUGUUACAGAGAACAAUAGUAGUAUAUCUGACAAUAUACCUUACAUACCAAAACCAUUAGAUUUGCCAGAACGAGUGAGCACACAAUCGUUAUAUUUACCAUUACAAGAAACAAAAGUGACUGCGAGUGAAGAGGAACAAGAUUUUAUAAAAAAUAAUUAUGUGGCGAGAACGUUAUUAAACCAACCAGAACUACCACCAUUAACUUGGUGGAAUUGGUACAAGAAAAUUGAUUGGCCAAAGCUGAUUGUACUGGGAAGUGAGCCUUUUAUUGCAUCUUACGGUAUUUACAGCACACCCUUCAUGUGGCAAACGGCUCUUUUCACCUUUAUUUGGGGUGUAUUAACUGGCCUUGGUAUUACAGCUGGUUAUCAUCGUCUAUUUGCUCACCGAUCAUACGAAGCUUGUUUGGCUUUACGUUAUAUCUUGGUUACAUUGGCUGCUGGUGCUGUUCAAGGAUCUGUUCAUUGGUGGACACGUGGACAUCGAGCUCAUCAUCGAUACACAGAUACCGAUCUCGAUCCAUACAAUGCACAUAAAGGUCUUUUUCAUUCACACAUUGGUUGGCUAUUGUUCAAGCCAUGUCGCAGUAUUGGUACUGUUGAUACGAGUGAUCUUGACCGUGAUCCAAGUGUUCAAUGGCAACAUAAACAUCUUCUUGUCUUGAACGUGACUAUGGGUUUUGUUGUGCCUACGCUUGUAUGUGGCCUUGGGUGGAACGACUAUCGUGGCGGUUAUUUCUUUGCCAGUGUUCUUCGUCUUUUGAUCGUUCAUCAUGCCACAUUCUGCGUUAAUUCAUUGGCGCACUAUUUAGGUGAUACACCUUUCGACGACCGACACACACCUCGAGAUCAUUUCAUUACUGCUCUCGUCACACUUGGAGAAGGUUAUCAUAAUUUUCAUCAUGAGUUUCCAUCGGAUUAUCGUAAUGCAACACGUUGGUAUCAGUACGAUCCAACUAAAUGGGCAAUCAAUAUUUUCAAGAUGCUUGGUCUAGCUAGUAAUCUGAAGAGAUUCUCCGAAAAUGAGAUUCAAAAAGGUCGCUAUGGUAUGUUACAAAAAACACUGGACAAAUUUGGACAAACGAUUGUAUGGCCUAAGAAUAGUACGAUGUUACCUAUAAUUACCUUUGAAGAAUAUCAGGAGUUGGCAGUGAAAGAUACUGAUCGUGCACUUAUUCUGAUUGCCGGCUUCAUUCAUGAUGUCAGUAAGUUUAUUGAUUUACAUCCCGGUGGUAUGGCACUACUCAAGAAUCAAGUGGGCAAAGAUGCUACAGUUUCAUUCUAUGGUGGUGUACAUGAUCAUAGUACUGCAGCGCACAAUACACUUGCCAUGAUGCGUGUUGCUAUCUGCAAGCACGGCGGUGAUGUCGAAUAUUUGAAGAAACGACUCGGCCAUGCAGCUACUCCAUCUCCAAUAUGGACGUAA